AUGUUUAAUAUUAGCGCUACUAUUAACUGUAGUCGGUUAUUGUAUAACCCCAGUCUCUGUUUACCCCACGCCACGGUUAGUUCUUUCGACCACUUGCAAAUACCGUUUACAUUCCCCAAUGCAACUAUCAAAGGUGUCGUCUUAGAUAAGGACAAUUGCUUCGCAAAGGACCAUGACGAUAAAGUUUGGCCAGAAUAUGCAUCUAUAUGGAAAAAGCUCCAGCAAUCAUAUCCUAAGGAGAAUUUACUAAUUGUAAGUAAUUCGGCUGGAACAAACGAUGAUAUAGAUCACAAGCAGGCAGCAAAAUUGGAAAAAGAUACUGGUGUUACUGUUUUAAGGCAUCCCACCAAAAAACCUGGAUGUCACUUGGAAAUAAUUGACUAUUUCAAGGAAAGAGGUAUUGCUAACAAUGAAAUUGUGGUUAUUGGUGAUAGACUAUUUACCGAUAUGCUUAUGGCCAAUAUGAUGGGUUCUUGGGGAAUUUGGUUAAGUGAUGGUGUUGAGUUAUCUCAAAAGAUAUUCCCAAGAUUAGAAAGAGACUUGUACGCAAGAUUGGUCACAAAUAGACAAGAUGCAAAUAAGUAUUAUCCUCCUACUCCAAACGUGUCUGAAGAUUGA